AUGUUUGCCAUCCCACCUCCUCCCCGAUAUCCCACCAACAGCAGCUUAGUCGCCACAACUCUUGAAACUGCAAACACUUUAACAUUUCGCGAAGGACCAGAAUACACCUUUCAAGCCGGCGAAGGCACGUAUGUUCUGCGAGACGACCUGCAACUGGCAACCCCUCCACCUCAUCCGUCCGAAGCUCCCGUAGUCAACCCGAAUCCUUUAGCAACGAGCGUUGUUCCUCCCACCAGCGGUGUUAAACUUUCGUUGGUAUCACUCAACCCAAAACAAAUCAACCCCGACUUGUAUAAAACCACCACGGCCACGAGCAGUCUUUUGCGAUGGAAAUCCCUAGGUUUAAAUAACUCCAAGGAGGUCAAAGAGGCCAAAGAACCAGAAAAAGAGCCGAGGACGUCCAUCGAAACUGGCAGCGACACAAGCAACCAGGCGGCGUCGGUGAAUGGCAGCAACAAGUCCAGCACGGUCAAAGCCUUUGGGGAAGGCAAUGCCGCACUUUCGCCCGUUACCAGCAGAGAUGGCCUCAAGAGACGGAAGCCCAAAAACAAUAUUAUCAAAAGCAAUUCUUCGUUCGUCUCCCGCGUCAUUCCUCAUGAGUCUCUGGCCAAGAAACUCGCCGAGCGGGACCAAGGGGGCACAUUUGCGUUUGUCAAUAUCAACCGAGCUUUUCAGUGGCUUGACCUCUCAUCAAGCGCCAAACAGGAUCCGAUGACCAAGAUUCUCUUCACCAAGGCCCAUAUGUUGUGCCACGAUAUCAAUGCCAUGACCAAGCACUCCACGCACAUGGACAUUGUCAUGGGAUCCUCGGCAAGUGAUAUAAUUUGGUAUGAGCCCAUGUCUCAGAAGUACGCUCGCAUCAACAAGAAUGGUAUCAUCAACAACUCGGCUGUAGCCAAAAUCAAGUGGGUACCUGGCUCGGAAAAUCAUUUUCUUGCCGCUCAUAUGGACGGGACCUUGGUUGUAUAUGACAAGGAAAAAGAGGAUGCGCCAUUUGUCUCGGAAGAACUGGUGGACGAGGCCAUCAGCAUCGAAGAUGAAGACCAGUCCACCCUCGUCAUCACUAAGAGUGUCAACUCGUCCAAUCAAAGGGCCAACCCUGUUGCGUGCUGGAAGAUAUCAAGUCAGGGUAUAACCGAUUUCGCAUUCUCUCCAGACAGUAAGCAUCUUGCCGUGGUGGGAGACGAUGGAUAUCUCCGCAUAAUCGACUAUUUGCAAGAAAGGCUCACUGAUAUAUAUUCAUCCUACUACGGCGGAUUUACAUGUGUAUGCUGGUCGCCUGAUGGGAAAUACGUGCUCACCGGGGGCCAAGACGACCUCGUAACCAUUUGGUCGCUCCAUGAACGCCAGAUCAUUGCUCGAUGCCCCGGUCAUGACUCUUGGGUGACGGCCGUUGCAUUCGACCCAUGGCGCUGCGAUGAAACAACAUAUCGCUUUGGCAGUGUGGGAGAUGACUGCAAGCUUUUGCUAUGGGAUUUCAGUGUCGGAAUGCUUCAUCGUCCGAAAGGGGCGACCGCCCGGGCCAGAGGCAGCAUAUCAACACAAUCCAUCUCUCUUCUACGUCAACGGACCGAAAGUGCCAGCGUCAUUAACCGAUUUAGAUCUGAUUCCAAUCGAACGGGAAGUGUUCAACAAGAUGCUGUGGAUGAAUCGGAAUUUCUCAAUCAUGCUGUCGAACCAAGAGCACGAACAGCUCAACUGCCUCCUGUGAUGUCCAAGAUGAUUGAUGAUCAUCCACUGAGUGGUCUCGCUUUUGAGCAGGAUUGUAUCAUCACGUCUUGCCUUGAGGGGCACAUCCGUACUUGGGACCGACCUCGAGAUGGUGCCAAUAGCAGUCAGGUCAACUUAUCUGAAAAAUCACGGCCGUGA